GUUUUCAAAGCUAUUUGAGGCGUUUGAAGUAAAUCUUCACUACCUUGGACCCCACACUCGGGUCAAGAGGAGAACAUCUGGAAUACCAUCUGCCAUUAUCGGGGCUGUUAACUUCAACACGAACUUUUCAGAAACAGUUCGUUUUAAUCCCGAGAACAGCAUAUUUGGUAUCCAGAAAUUAUCAACACAGACAUCUCCAACUCUGUUUAACAGUGACAGUCUACCACCCGUCACAGAUGAUACCGUGUACCGCGUAGCGUGUGAAUCAUGUUCCGGUGAUAUUUCCACAUCAUACAGGUUGCAGAUAAAAUUAGUCCGGACUCCCGAGAAAAAAGCAGAACUAGCAGUGUUUGUGUCAGAGAUUUCCGGGAUGGUACAAGAUCAGCUGACUCUGUCGGUAAUGUCGACUAGAGCUGUCUCCAGUAACCACAGCGCUAAUGUACUGAACACAGGGCUGUUUGAUCUAGUAAGCAUUCCUCUGGCCAUCCUUCCUGAUUUACCACCGCUGAACCUGACAGUGCGGGCUCAACUGAAAACGUCAGUCGACGUCUUUAUGGUUGCCACUGGGGCAAUGGAGGCUAAAAUCAAUCUUAAUGAACGUGGACAGUUCAAUGUGUUACACUCUCUGGGAUCGGAAAACAACUUAGGUGUAAACGCAACAUUUACGGACUGGAGGUAUACUAGGAGUGACACAAACAGUCUGGAGACGGAGGAAACGGUAAACGUCACAGCCACAGUAACCAAUCAGCUACAAUUUACUCCAAUGAUGGCCUGGUCGGAGAAAGACGUAUUUUGGAGUUUCGACUCCCCAACGACAUACAGCAAAACAACACAGAUGCAUACUUUUUCCAAUGUUGAUAAUGAGGCGUUAUGUUCCUAUGUGAUGGCUGAAUCAACAGGAAGACUAGAAUUAGAGAAGUUGACUGCUGAUGUUACAGCUUUUGGCUUUCCCUUGUGCUGCGGAGAUAUUGGUAUGACUCCCAGCGGAACAAACCAAACUCUUUCCACAACGAAUGUCACAAAGAGUUGUAAAGCCUACUGCUCUAGAACAGAUACUCCAGAACUAUAUCGAAGUCUUGAAGAAGCCUGUGGAGAGCCAAGCAAUCCGAUCAACGACAAAAAGGACGGCCUUAAAUAGUAGGACAUGUCCUUACAAAGGACUAAAAGAAUAAUAUGUAUUGCAAAUUAUCAUGGUUCAUGUACAUGCAGACAAAAUGCAUAAUAUGUAUUAGAUAUAUAAAUGUUUCAAGGAGACUAAACAUGAUAAAAUAUAAAAAGUUAUCAAAAUGGAAAAGAUCCAUAUGUCAUAGCCUGAACACAAAACGAUAUUAUCACGUAGUAAAACAAAUAAAACAGACAUCCAAACUUACAUCCGUCUGUAUCUAUUCAAGGUUAUAUUCAAGUGGUGUACCUCUGGUUUAUUCGGAAAACUUGGGUGUAAAAAGAUAUGGUGUCACCUAGCGGGCCAUGUAGGUCACUGGGUACUCCGGUUUUCUUCCACAAUAAGAACCCUUAAACGUUUCUAUCCGGAUCAACAUUAGCGUUUGAUAAAAGCUCGCAAAUCGUAUCAAAAGAAUAUAUGACAAUUUACACUACAACCGAGUGGAGAACAUGUUGAU